AUGAAUAAAAUUAACAAGGUCUUGAAGAUCGUUAAAAAGUCCUCGAGAAGGAGAAGAUGGACAGAGGAGCUCAGGGUAGAGGAGGAGGUGGAAAGCCAAAGAUCGUGUGAGCCAGGCGGCUUAUGCAGUCUACGCCUCUGUGUUGGUGAUGAUGGCCCUUACUCGAAGGGGAGCAAAGACUCAGGUGGACUGGACACAGCCCUCGUCUCCAGAAGGCAAAGCAUUCCAGAGGAAUUCAGAGGGGUCACCAUUGUGGAGCUGAUUAAGAAAGAGGGAAGCACCCUUGGCUUAACUAUAUCCGGUGGCACAGACAAAGAUGGAAAGCCAAGGGUCUCAAACCUGAGGCCAGGAGGGCUGGCAGCAAGAAGUGAUCAGUUAAACGUUGGAGACUACAUCAAGUCAGUGAAUGGGAUUAACCUGACUAAACUGCGGCAUGAUGAAAUUAUAAGCCUGUUGAAGAAUGUAGGGGAAAGGGUGGUACUGGAGGUGGAGUAUGAACUGCCCCCAGCUGCACCGGAGAGCAGCUCUGGCAUUAUUCCAAAGACCAUAGAGGUGUGUCUAUACAAGGAGGGCAACAGUUUUGGCUUUGUGCUAAGAGGGGGAGCCCAUGAAGAUUGGCACAAAUCCAGACCAUUAGUACUCACCUAUGUAAGGCCAGGUGGCCCUGCAGACAGGGAAGGGUCCUUGAAAAUCGGGGACAGGCUGCUGAGUGUUGAUGGGAUUCCCCUUCACAGCAUAACUCAUGCCGAUGCGCUGAACAUCCUGCGUCAGUGCAGCCAGGAGGCGCUCUUCCAGAUUGAGUAUGAUGUCACCAUUAUGGAUACUGUAGCCAAUGCUUCCGGUCCAUUACUAGUGGAAAUAGCCAAGACUCCUGGAUCUACACUAGGAAUCACUCUGACAACAGGCACACAUCGGAAUAAACAGGUCAUAGUCAUUGACAAGAUCAAGCCAGCUAGCGUAGUAGACAGAUGUGGGGCCUUGCACAUUGGUGAUCACAUCCUCUCCAUCGAUGGCACCAGCACAGAGCACUGUUCCUUGUUAGAGGCCACUCAGCUCUUAGCCACCACUUCGGAAAAUGUCAAGUUGGAAAUACUCCCUGCUCACCAGAGCAGACUCCCCCUGAAACCUCCAGACACAGUCAAGGUGCAGAAAAGUGACCAUCACCAUUGCUGGGAUCCCUGUGUCAACUACUGCCACACCCACCAUCCAGGGCACUGCAAGACACCCACCUGGAACCAGACCUCCAGCCAAGAUUAUUGCAAAUCUCUUGUUGCUGCCAACUUCUCAUCGCCCACCAUGAACACGCAAGGUUUCCCCUGCCAGAAUUCAAAUACGCUACCUCGGAGCUCCCACCCCAUGAGCCCGCGUGCCACCAUGAUGAGGAGGAGACAGCGGAAGAAGGACCACAAGAGCUCAUUGUCGCUGGCUUCUAGUACAGUGGGUCCCGGUGGGCAGAUUGUUCACACAGAAACAACAGAGGUGAUCCUAAGGGGAGACCCCUUGAAUGGCUUUGGCCUUCAGCUCCAGGGGGGGAUCUUUGCUACUGAAACCCUGUCUUCCCCGCCCCUCGUCCGAUUUAUUGAGCCCGACAGCCCAGCAGAGAGGUGUGGGCUGCUACAAGUUGGAGACAGAGUCCUUUCCAUCAAUGGCAUCGCAACUGAAGAUGGGACCAUGGAGGAAGCCAAUCAGCUCUUGCGCGAUGCAGCACUUACCAACAAAGUUGUGCUGGAGUUAGAAUUCGACGUGGCAGAGUCUGUCAUACCCAGCAGUGGUACUUUCCAUGUUAAACUGCCCAAGAAAAGAGGUGUGGAGCUUGGAAUUACUAUCAGCUCUGCAAGUAGAAAGCCUGGUGAGCCUUUAAUUAUCUCUGAUAUCAAGAAGGGGAGCGUAGCUCACAGAACAGGCACCUUGGAGCCGGGGGAUAAGCUGCUAGCCAUCGAUAACAUCCGACUCGACAACUGCUCAAUGGAGGAUGCAGUGCAGAUUCUAAGGCAGUGCGAAGACCUAGUCAAAUUGAAGAUUAGGAAGGAUGAAGAUAACUCUGAUGAGCAGGAGACGACCGGUGCUAUUAUUUACACAGUAGAGCUAAAGAGGUACGGCGGCCCUCUGGGAAUAACGAUCUCUGGAACAGAGGAACCUUUUGAUCCGAUCGUCAUUUCAGGCCUGACCAAACGAGGGCUGGCUGAAAGGACUGGAGCAAUCCACGUGGGUGACCGGAUAUUAGCUAUUAAUAAUGUGAGUCUCAAGGGCAAACCACUCAGUGAAGCCAUCCACCUACUCCAAAUGGCUGGCGAGACUGUAACGCUGAAGAUCAAGAAACAAACCGAAAGGUCUUAUCCCAAGAAGUCAGGGAGUAUGAAUGAAGUGAGUGACCCAGAAGAUGAACUGACCGACUCUCAGAAAACUAGCAAACUCUCCGAGAUUUACUCUACCACCAUCCCCAGCGUGGACAGCGCUAUGGAAUCCUGGGAUGGUUCGGGCAUUGAUGCAGGCUAUGGAAGCCAAGGUACAUACAUACCUCAGGCUGUUGGCAUUGCCCUACAUCCACAUGAAUGGAGACCUAGCAGGCAGAAGAGCAGCACCCCUCCUGGGGAUCCCAGGAAGAACUAUCCCUAUAUGGAUGGAAGCUUCAGUGAAGAUGACUGGGACAAACCCACCAGAUAUCCCAACCGCCAGAACGGCCUUGAGACUGCUCACGAGGAUAGUUUUUGGCGUGUUUUUGGAGAGGCUUUGGAGGACUUGGAAACAUGCGGCCAGUCUGAACUUUUGAGGGAGAUAGAGGUAAAUCAACUUGGAAUUGUUCUAACCAGUCCAUUCUCACCACUUGUAGCAUCCAUCAUGACAGGGAGCGUGCACAGUCUGGGCCUGGAAGGGAGCAAACUGCUCGUGGACUCUGUUAGUGAGUCUGGAUUGAGCCCACUGAGGAAAGGAAACUCCAACUGCUGCGACGACGGGCAGAGUGACAGCAACAUCGCUCCCACCAAGAAGAAUGAGAGGAAUCUGGAGAUGAAGAAGAUUAAGGAGGAGGUGCAGGAAAUCAUGUCUCCGACCCCUCUCGAGUUGCACAAGAUGACGCUCCACAAGGACCCAGAGAGUGAAGACUUUGGAUUCAGCGUUUCUGAUGGCCUGUUGGAGAAAGGUGUCUAUGUAAAUAUGAUCCGUCCCAAUGGGCCGGCUGAUCAGUGUGGCCUCAAACCUUACGACAGAGUCCUUCAGGUAAAUCGCAUUCGAACAAGAGACUUUGACUGCUGUCUGGCUGUUCCACUGAUUUCCGAGGCAGGAGACAAACUGGACCUAGUCAUUAGUCGAAACCCCCUGGCACUCGCUGCCAAUGCCCAACUGGAGGCCAGUGGGGAGUUAGUCCCACAGUCCUUGGGCGUGGAGGUCAAAACGAGCAUGCAGACACUCUGA